GAAAAAUCCAAAAGCAUUGUGUUUAUGAAAUAAUUUAUGAUCUUUACACAGAAGAUUAAUUUAGUUGUUUAGUUAUAAGACGAGUCAAAUCCUUAAAGAAAGAAAUAGACUGUUUCUGGUGAGAAAAGAAAAUCUAAAACAUGAAGAUUCUCAUCCAGAUUUUUUUUUUUUUUGUUAACAUGGUAGAAUGUCUGAAUAAUGUUGAUAUUCAUUUACUUGAAUGUAUUGGUGAUGAACUAUUUGUGGGGCAAAGACAUAGACUGUAUAUAAAAUAUAUAUAUUUUUACAGUCUAUGGGCAAAGACCAAACUCUCAACCAAAGUGACUGCAGUGGGAGGUUCAAAUCCUGCAAUCCCUCACGUCAUUGAAGUGGGCGGAGACAACCAAAGUUUUCAAGGGGUCAUUGGAGGUCAGUGGAUCCUAUUUAAUGCUGGUCAAUUAAAAUGUUCGCUUAUUAAAUUAUCUUUUUGAAAUGACCACACCCUGCAUUCAACAGUUUUAUUUAGGAAAAACAAAUACAUGAAAAAAUAACUUUUGUAAUUUGACCCCCUCCUACUCACUCACACACAUUCAUACAGUUACAUUUACGUGGCGAACUCUUUUGAGCCUCGUCAGAUUCCGUAACAGUGCGGACCCGCUUUUGUUUCUGGUUCUGUUCGAGCGCGUGAACGCGCCUGUGGGAUCGCGUGGUCGCGGAGAUUUUGGAUUUUCAUUUUGGAGGAUCAGAAAAACGAGAUGUCCGCGGGAGCGCCUUCUGCAGAAAUUCAGCAACAAGUCCUCCACAAAGUGGAAGUCUCUGCUGUCCAGCUGCUAUGGAACCAGGAACCAAGCCAACCAAGCCCUAGUCUGGAAGAAGCAGAACCUCCAGAGAUUAAAGAGGAGCAGCUGGAGCUCAGUGUGAAUCCGGAGGCAGAUGAGUUGGAAGCGAGACAGGAGAAUGGCAUUUUCCUGGUGUUUCAGUUUAAACCCUGUUCAGAAGAACAAUUGGAAGUUAAUGAAAAUAGAUUAAUCCAGAAUGAGGAUGAGAUGAAUCAUCAGCAUCCCCUGCAGGGUAUCACCCAGGAAAUACAAAUACAGCUGCACAGAACCGACCUUCAGCAACAUUUGUGUAAAGAUGACUUGUCUACUUAUGGUCAGUUUUUAAACUCAGAGGUAAACUAUGACAGAAACCAGGAAGAACCAGAACCCCAACAGAUUAAAGAUGAAGAAUCUGAACCCUCACAGAUUAAAGAUGAAGAACCAGAACCCUCACAGAUUAAAGAUGAAGAAUCCGAACCCUCACAGAUUAAAGAGGAGGAGCCAGAACCUCCACAGAUUAAAGAGGAGGAACCAGAACUCCCACAGAUUCAAGGCAAACAUGUGGAAUCUUCACACAUUGCAAAAGAGCCGAAUGUGGACAAACGCAAAGGAGAAAUUAUUUCUGAACCCCAUCUGCUGGAUCUCACGUUACAGCCAGUAAUAAAGCUACACAGAAUAGAUGUGUGUCUACUUCCAAUGAACAAGAACAACUGCUGUAAAGCUCUGAAUCAAGAUCAAGAAAGGAGGUUUAAAAAUUUGAGAUCAUCGCCAACCCUAAAGCUAAAGCUAAGGAAGCGACAAAACGAGAAAAGCUAUCACAAUAUGGAUGUUGACAGCCCUUCACCUGCAAAGACUCACAGUAAAAGUGGAAUCGGUGAGAAGUUUUCCUUGAGGGGACACGACAGAAGCCAGAUAUCCCGAUCAUCCUCUCGGAGAAGCAGGCGAACUAUUGACAAGAUUUUCAAAAAAAUCUCUAAAAACAAGUAUUUAUGUACGUUGUGUGAGAAGCACUUCAGUCGACAGAGUUUGACAGCUCACCAAAGAAUUCACAGCGGCGAGAAGCCAUUCGCUUGUAAUAUAUGCGGAAAACGGUUUACACAACGUGGUAAUAUGUUGUUCCAUACCUCAGUUCAUGCAGCCGAGAAGCCCUACUGCUGUGACACAUGUGGAAAAAAAUAUUGCCGAAAGGAAAAUUUGUUGCGUCACAAAAGGAUUCACACAGGGGAGAGGCCUUUCAUCUGUAAAACAUGUGGAAAAAGUUUUGCCCGAAAUGAGUGUUUAUCAGCUCACAUGAAACGUCACUCUGGUGAUAAGCCAUUUGCUUGUAAAACUUGUGGAAGAAGAUUUGGAAUUUGGGGUGCCAUGACUACACACAUGAAAACUCACACAGGUCACAAGCCGUUCCCAUGCAAAAUUUGUGGAAAGAAAUUCACUCGCAAAUGUUCAUUAUUGCUGCACACAAAAAUACACACAGGUGAGAAGCUCUUUGCUUGUAAAACAUGCGGAAAAAGGUUCAGACAAAAAAGUCACAUGCUGGGUCACAUGACGACUCACUCAGCACAGAAGCCAUUUUCCUGUCAAACAUGUGGGAGGUCGUUUAGUCAUCGCACUCUUCUUUCGCGCCACUUUAUUACUCACACAGGUGAGAAGCGAUAUAGCUGUAAAUUGUGUGGUAAAAAAUAUAAACAAAGUGGGAAUCUGGGAUUCCAUAUGAACACGCACAGAGGCGAAAAGCCCUACCCCUGCGUGACAUGUGGAAAAAAAUUUACCCGACAACUUAACUUAGACGAACACAUCAAAAUUCACACAGGUGAAAAGCCGUUUUCUUGUGAAACAUGUGGAAGGAGGUUCAGUCGUAAAAGAUAUUUGACUAUUCACCUAAGAACUCAUACAGAUCAACGGUCCUUUGUAAAAUGAUCAAGAUCCUUUGUAAAAUGUGUGGACAAGGGUUCAGACAACUUUGUGUUUUAACCUGCUACAUAAGGAGUCACACAGGUGAGAAGCCACAUUUAUGUAAAAUAUGUGGCAAACGUUUUAACCGGGUUGGAAAUUUGACUCAACACCUGAGAAUUCACUCAGGUGAAAAGCUCUUCUCUUGUGAAACUUGCGGGAAAAGGUUCACUCAGCGCGGUAACAUCAAGUAUCACCUGAAAACACACCUUUGAGAAGAUGGUAUUCUGAGGCUGCCUCUGCUUCCAUUGGGAAAGACUUUUCAUUCUCAAGCUCACUUCUUUGUAUGGCAAGAAAUGUUUUCAUAGUGUACAACAGGGGUGAAAGGAGUUAUUUUUGUUAUGCUAGUACUAUUGCCCCCUUUUUGAUGUUUAUUGAGUAUGGCACUGUGACAGACCAGUCUAAGGUGUACCUUGCCUUCGCCCAUGAGUGGCCGGGUAAGGCUCUGGCUGCCCCGUGACCCCAAAAAGAAUAAAGUGGUUUAGAAAAUGGAUGAAGUGUUAGUGCGGUUAGAGUCAUGUCUUUUUGAUUGGUCGGGGUUUGGAUCCAUGGAUAAAUCCAACAAUCCAAUAAAUCCAACAUCCAGUAAGUCCACAACUUAAAUCCUUUAACUUUAUUUGCCCAAAUGGCCAUUUUGGUACAUUAAUGGGGUGAAAUACAUUAUGGUCAACAUGUUGUAUUUUUGCUAUGAUUAUCUAUCCAGUGAACAGUUCAUAUGCCUGUAUGAUGCUACGUUCAUGCUGGGCAUGAGUCUCUCAUUCAAGAAUGUGUUAAACACCUUUAGCAUGUGGUGUUCACAAUGGACCGUCGCUACCUGAUACUAGUGCAUGUAACUCCAUUACUCUCUCGAUGUACGUUCAAUGGUUCCAUAUUUUGUACAUAGACCCCAUAUAAUCACUUAAAAACUUGUGUAGUGACGCGUGAACAAGAGUUUUAAACGCAGAAGCCCAAAACAUUUAUAUAUGCGUGUUCAAGUAGACUUGAAAUUUGGAAGGGGAUGUUGCAAUUCGCGUUGCCGAGACUGUGUGAACGCAGCAUAAGAAUCUUAGGUUAAUGCACAGCUUGUUGUUUUGUUAGUCUUUAUUCAAUAACUGUUACAUUGUUGCUUAGAAAUAAUUCUUAUUUAGGCGUAUAUUUUACUUUUGUCCCUUUUUGUUAUUAAUGUGUGUAGUGCUUGAACUCCAGGCUUAGCUUGCAAUCAAAAACUUGGGAGCAGCACUCUAAGUUUUGAUAACUAUGUAUUGUGAACAAAGUUCAUUAAACCGUUUCUUUGUGAACUCUUUAUAUUCUCAUAAUAAAUAUUGUAGCAGAAGGC